AUGCGGUCCCCAAACAUUGUGGACUGGGAUGGGCCCGAUGAUAUGGCGAAUCCCAUGAACUGGAGCGCGAAAAAGAAGAUGAUGACUGUUGGCACCGUCUCAAUCUUUAACUUCCUCACCCCACUGGGUUCCGCCAUGUUCGCGCCUGGAGUAGCACAGGUUAUGGAUGAAUUCAACUCGACCAGCAAGCCCAUCUCAUCCUUUGUGGUCUCAGUCUACCUUCUUGGAUUUGCCUUUGGGCCUUUGGUGGUGGCGCCCCUGUCCGAGCUCUACGGUCGAUUGCCGAUCUAUCACGGUUGCAACGUUCUUUUCACAGUGUUUAAUAUUGCCUGUGCAGUGGCACCAGGGAUGUCAUCACUGAUUGGAUUCCGGUUCCUCGCUGGGUCGUUUGGAAGUGCGCCUUUGGCACUUGGAGCUGGAACCUUGGCUGAUUGCAUUUCCCCGGACCGUCGAGGGCUGGCGAUCGCGAUUUGGGCGGUUGGUCCUGUCAUUGGGCCGGUGGUUGGUCCGGUAUGCGGUGGAUUUCUUACCCAAGACGUGUCGUGGCGCUGGGUUUUUUGGGUGCUUGCUAUUGCGGCCGGCGUCGUCACCGUUAUCUCUUUUACAACCCUCCGCGAAACCUACGCCCCAAUCCUUCUUGUUCGCCGCGCCAAACGCCUACAACGCGAUGCCGGCAAUCCCCACCUACAGUCCACACUACACCCCAACUUGACCCCGAGGGCUCUAUUCACCAAGUCAAUCAUCCGCCCUCUUAAGCUGCUGGUCCUCUCGCCAAUCGUCUCCCUGCUUUCGAUCUACGUCGCUGUAAUCUACGGGUUCAUGUACCUUCUCUUCACCACCAUGUCGCAGGUCUACCGCGAUCAAUAUCACUUCUCUGUCAGCAUCAUCGGGCUCACCUACAUCGGACUGGGGCUGGGCUCGAUGGUCGGCCUCAUCGCCAUGGGCCGUCUCUCCGACCCGAUCUCGCGCCGUCUGGCGGGCCGGACCAAGGAAGGCGAGAGGAAACCCGAGUUCCGGCUGGCGCUGAUGAUCCCCUUGAGUCUGUGUCUACCGAUUGGGCUCGUGUGGUAUGGCUGGUCCGCGGAUAAGAAAGCGCAUUGGAUCAUGCCGAUUAUUGGGACGGGAUGGGUGGGUGUUGGGGUGGUGGCUGUGUUUGUAGGUUUCCUCUUUGUUGCUUCUUUGCUUUCUUUUUUCCUUUCUUUCUUUUUUCUUUCCCCUGAUGUCUUAUUUCAUCAUUUCGAGAGAAAAAAAAAUCGACUGCUGGCAGGCAGUUUUCAGAGAGAACAAAGUCUUUGCCUACCGAGGCCCCUAGAACUAGAAAGGGAAUCAGGUCGCUUCCUCAUUCGAAAGAGGGUGUUCAGUUUGAUACCUGUUUCUUUGACUUCUGGGCGUACAAAUGAGAGCACCAUGCAAACAACCGUGCUGCAUCUCAUUCAGGCAAAGAAUUAAAAAGGGGGGGAAAGAACCAUAAAAAGAAAGAGGGAAAAACCAAGAACAAAAAGAAAACAGUAGUGAUGUGUCCAGAGAUUCAGGUCUGGUCUCCAUGACACAAUGAUAGAAGAACAGAGAGACAAAAUAUCCCGGCAUUGUAGGGACCUCAGUGUCACAAAGUCAGAGUAACGUUGCACCAGUUGUAGAAAUGGCCUGAUAGAAAACCACAGUCAAGCCUAUCACUCCAAGCUGGGCAGACUGAGAUCUCCAGGGUCGAUCUCAGCAAAUAGAUGCCAACGUGAACUCCACA